UAUUUUAUUAUCACACAGUAAACAUUUAUGAACAAAAUUAUGAUUAGUUUUUCUUCCUACCAAAGUCGCCCUUCCUUUUCUUUCUGUUACAAGGACGCACUACUCUUGGUACCUCCGCCAUUGUAAGUGUAAGCAGAGGAAUUGGGGAAAGCCUGAGAGAGAAGUUUCGGUUAUAAUUUCCGAAUCACCACAGUUCGUGUGGAUAUAUUACGUGGUUCGCAUUACGUAAUCGCCCAAAAACAUCUCAUUUAUUGUAAUUACAACACACCGGCUUCUGUACUUGUUGUAUUGGUGAGCACAAACGGAUUAACAGCGACGAUCCCUAAAGAAGACACACUUUUAUAAAUAUUAUUGUUCGUGAAUAUUUAGUUUUUUCCACUUCCAUAAUUAAAGAAAAAGGUCUAUGGGGAACAAUUAUUGAUUCCACCGAUGUUUGGAUAAAUCACACUUGAAAGGAUUGGAUCCGUAUUGUUACCUCAGCCUAUGUGUUGUGACGAAGCCCGCUUCUGAAUGUGUUUCUUCAGUGUAGUGCAACAUGAGCUUUAGCAGUGACGAAGUCAAUUUUCUUGUUUACCGCUACCUACAAGAAUCAGGUUUCGUGCAUUCCGCGUACACGUUUGGGAUUGAGAGUCACAUCAGCCAAUCAAACAUCAAUGGUGCCCUCGUCCCACCGGCCGCGCUGCUCAGCAUCAUUCAGAAAGGUUUACAGUACACAGAGGCGGAAAUCAGCAUCGGAGAGGAUGGCUCUGAGAGGGUGCUAGAGUCCCUCACUCUUAUUGAUGCCAUCAUGCCCGACGUUGUGGAACUGCGGAAGCAGGCGGCUGCCAAGGCCCACCCCAGCAUCAAGACGGAGAACGCCAACACGAACGGGGAGGAUGCAGCCCACACAGUUCCUAACCACACUGAUGGCAUGGAGGUAGAUGGGAAUAUUGAAAUCCCUACGAGCAAGGCGACAGUUCUACGAGGACAUGAGUCAGAAGUUUUUAUCUGUGCAUGGAAUCCAGCCAAUGAUCUUCUAGCAUCAGGGUCUGGCGAUUCGACGGCACGUAUCUGGAACAUGAACGACAACAGCAACAGUGCCAAUCAGCUGGUGUUACGUCACUGCAUACAGAGAGGGGGCACUGAAGUACCGAGUAACAAAGAUGUUACUUCACUAGAUUGGAACUGUGAUGGGACGUUAUUAGCGACAGGGUCUUAUGAUGGGUAUGCUAGAAUAUGGAGUACAGACGGUCGAUUAGUCAACACACUAGGACAGCAUAAAGGGCCAAUAUUUGCUUUGAAGUGGAAUAAGCGAGGAAACUAUAUUUUAAGUGCUGGUGUAGAUAAGACAACGAUUAUAUGGGAUGCUAGCUCAGGGAAUAGCACACAACAAUUUGCAUUUCACUCUGCUCCUGCGCUGGACGUGGAUUGGCAGAGUAAUACAGGUUUUGCUUCAUGUUCAACUGACCAGUGUAUUCACGUGUGCCGACUGGGUUCGGACCGACCCAUGAAAACAUUCCAGGGCCAUACGAAUGAAGUUAAUGCCAUUAAAUGGGAUCCCCAAGGCCAGUUGUUGGCCUCCUGUUCUGAUGACAUGACAUUAAAAAUCUGGAGUAUGAAACAAGAUACGUGUGUGUAUGAUCUUCAAGCUCAUAAUAAAGAAAUCUACACGAUCAAGUGGAGUCCUACAGGGCCCGGCACAAACAAUCCCAACUCUCCGUUAAUUUUAGCAAGUGCUUCGUUUGACUCAACGGUGCGGCUGUGGGAGGUGGACCGCGGAACCUGUCUCCACACGCUGACCAAACACCAAGAGCCGGUCUACAGCGUCGCCUUCAGCCCCGACGGCAAGUACCUUGCCAGCGGCUCCUUCGACAAGUGUGUCCAUAUAUGGAAUGUACAUUCUGGUUCAUUGGUUCACAGUUACAGAGGCACAGGGGGAAUCUUUGAGGUUUGCUGGAAUCACAGGGGAGACAAAGUAGGAGCUAGUGCUUCUGAUGGGUCGGUGUUUGUGCUAGACUUGAGAAAGUAGCUGCCUCUGUAACCCGGUGACUACACCAGACACUUCUCUGUGAGGUUUGCGCGUGACGCGACAUGACAGCCGAUGUCGCUGUUGACGACGUGCGUUGUGUGUGUGUGUCUGAGUGUGAGAGUGUAACGAGGCCUUGCCGGCCACACGCACCGCUGACAGCUUGUUGAGUCGUGCAGCCACUGUUUUAUUUCUAGAAGGCAUAUGUGAUAAUCUUUACGAGGGAGGCUCAAAGUGGUGUUGGGACUGCUGCCAUGGCUGGUGUGGUGUUUCAGUCACCUGCUGAAUUUGCAUUGUAUGUUACCAUGGAGACUGUGUGUGUGUGGGUGGGUGUUUCGAGGGGUCGACACCAGGAGUGUGAGCUUUAUGUCUCAUUGCCUUGCUUCAACAGAGAAUGGUGUUCGAGUGUUAGACAAGAAAUCUUGUGCUCACUAAAUGAGGUGUAGAUGAUAAGAGUGUAGUCUACAGUAUCUGACCCUGUGGGUGCAGGUGGUGCAGUCCUCCUGGGCUGGGUGUGGUCCUGUUGUAGGGUACAGUCCUCCUGGACUGUGUGUGGUCCUGUUGUAGGGUACAGUCCUCCUGGGCUGGGCGUGGUCCUGUUGUAGGGUACAGUCCUCCUGGGCUGGGUGUGGUUCUGUUGUAGGGUACAGUCCUCCAAGGUGUAGGAACCAACCCUGGGUGUUCAGUCUUCAUGGAGUUACAGUCCUCCUAAGGAUCCAGCCAUGGGUGUGUUACAGUGCUCAUAAGGAUCCAGCCAUGGGUGUGUUACAGUGCUCAUAAGGAUCCAACCAUGGGUGUACAGUCCUCAUUGAAUUACAACCAUCAGUGUAGUCCCCAAGGAUCAACCGUAGGUGUACAGUCCUCAUGAAGUUACAGCCCUGGGUAUAUAGUCCCCAAGGAUCAACCGUAGGUGUACAGUCCUCAUGAAGUUACAGCCCUGGGUAUAUAGUCCCCAAGGAUCAACCGUAGGUGUACAGUCCUUAUGGAGUUACAGCCCUGGGUAUAUAGUCCUCAUAAGGAUCCAACAGUCGUGAGUGUACAGUCCUCAUGGAGUCACAACCUUGGGUAUAUAGUCCCCAAGGAUCAACCGUAGGAGUACAGUCCUCAUGGGUACAGCCUUGGGUAUAUAGUCCCCAAGGAUCAACCGUAGGUGUACAGUUCUCAUGGAGUUAAAACCCUGGGUGUAGUCCUCAUUGGGGAAUUCAGUCCUGAGAUAUAGUCCUCAUGUGCAGGAUAGGCCUGUAGGAUGGUAGUAGGCCAUGUUCAUGGAUAUUGUCACAGAUAAAGGACACACAGAGGUCUUUCAAAGGAUUUCAUCGGCAUCACGUCAUUGUUCAUUCAUUAUCGCAUGACAUCGUUUCACAGCACUGUGACAUUGUCAUCAGAAUCCCUGUAACCGCCGUGGGGGCUUUUAAAAAGUGCCACUGCCAGUGAACUUGAAACACAACUUUUCAUACAGAGUACAUGUUAAGUGCUAAUGACUAAACGACAGAAUCAAUAACACUUCCUUUAAGAGUUGCACAAUUAGAGCCAUUACCGUACUUUAGUUCCAUAGAAUGGAUUCAUAUUGGUAGAUUGGAAUAGUAAAUAGUGCACAGAAAUUGCUUUUUGUGUCAUCACUGAUAGUAAACAUAUGGGUGGAUUUUAUUUCGAGGAGGGUCAGAGGUUAAAAUGUUUUCCCAGAUUGAAUUGGAAGAUGAGAUUUCAUUAUUCAAUCUUUAUCGAUUUUCAUAAUGAAAAUUGUUAAUACAAUUGUCGAAUAUGUCCAUAUGUCCGUGUUUUUUUUCUCCAGCCAGUGAAUAAACCAUGUUUGAAAGAUUAACUUGUUUUUUAAGUUUAGGCAAGAGAUUUAGGGAAAAUCACCAUUUAAAUUUUACAUUGUGUUUAGGUUAUAUAUCUUAUAGAAUUGUAAAAGCAAAUCACCAUUGAAAUUUUAUAUUGUCUUUAUGUUUACGUAAUGGAGUUUGAAAAAAAAAAUUCACCAGUUAAAUUUGAUUUUUCUUUAGGCAUAGAUGACAGAAUUAGGAAAAAUCACCAGUUAAAAUUUUAAAAAUGUUUAGGUAAUAGAAUUAGGAAAAAUCACCAGAUAAUUUUUUGUUUGUUUGUUAUGACUAAAUUACAUCCAUGAAAAUAAGCAAAGAUCAUUAAGUAACCCAAGAUCAAAACAAAGUUAUAAAGUCCUCAACUCGAGUUUUCUCGAUCUAAAAGUGCUUGCUUUCUGUACAUAAUUUACACGGGCUUGUUGGCCUGCAGUUAUCUCGUUAGCUAAUCACAAUUCCAAAUAGCUCUCGCUGAUGUGUAUUUUACAAUAUUGCAAGCAUAGCAGAAUCUGUCAUGUUAUUAAACAUAAAUACCUAUAUAUGUGGGGGGUUUUAUUGACAAAAUGCAAAGUUGUGUUGAUUUGCUAUAUAUAACUGGAAUAUUCUGUCAUAAAAUGUCUGGUUUAAGACAGAAAUUAGAUCACUGCAACCAUUUCUAUGAUUGGUGUUUUGGGUUGGAAACGGCUAAAUUAUCAGCCUACUUGGCUGCACAGUUAGGUUCAAUUAUUCAAUUUACAUAUCUGUGUAGCCUAAAAAUAGCCACUGUAUCAGUCAGCACUGUAAAUGGCUACCCCCCACUCCCAUCUCCCCCCAAAACCCCCCAAAAUAAAAAACAUUUAGGUGGGGGUUUUAAUGAAUGCAAUUAUGAUUUCAUGGAAAUAAAUAUUAAAUGUUAUUAAAAGAUAUAAAUUAUAGGGUUUAUGUAAUUUUUGGCUUGUAUCUUAUAAAUAUUUUAUUUAAAGAGUUUUGUAUGGCAGAAUAUAUUAUGACAAAAAUAAUGUGAUUUAAAUACAACACUGAUAAAAGGUUUCUUGGUGGUAAACAAAAAACUUGAUGAUCAUGGAAUUCCAAACAUGUCCCAACAAUAUGGCUUCAGUAGAUUUUCCUGCUUUAUGAACACUAGUAAUACAAUGUUUCACUAGUGCAUAGGCUUUUAGAAGCAGGGAGGAAGUCAUUACAUAGAAAUAAAAGUAUUCUUGUCUCCACUUCUUAAAUCCACAUGAUUAUUAAAAAAUAUACUUUAUAUAUCUAGAAAGCAUCACAAUAAAUAAAUGUGAGAAUUAACAUUAUUUUGUUGGCAUAUUUUUAAAACUAAUAAAUACACAUAUCAUGUAAUGCGUUAGACUCUAAACUGAUGGGUGGUAUAAUCAAUAACUUAAUGAACUAUUAAUCACAAAGUGGAUGUUCUUGCAUUGCUUCUUUCAAAAUCCUCUUUUUGAUAAUUUGAAAUUAAAUUUUAUCAAUUAAAUGUUUUAUUUAUAUAGAUAUAUAUAUAUAUAAAAAGUAGCAGCCGCCCACUAGUUAUAAACAAUUCUUGACAUUUUAAAUAAUUUUCUAAUCAUUAAAUAUAUUUUAUUCGUCAUAGAAAAAAGUAAAGUAAAUUGAAGUUUGGGAGGCAUGUGUUUUUGAGGUAAUAUUUAAUAUUUUAUUUAAAGUUUGUGUUUUUAUAAUUGGAAAUGCAAACUUUUAGAAAUUGGUCAAUAUAUUCAGGUGUUUUUUCUUCUUUUUUCUAUUUAUUACAUUCUUAAUAUAUUUUUAUUUAAACUGACCAGAUGUUUUAAAAAUGCAGUAAUUUUUCUUUCAAAAUACCAACUUGGCAUCACUACUAAUUCAUCUCAGCUGUAUAUAUGACUUUUAAAGACAAACAGUUAUGAUUUAAUCAAUUGCUUGCUUUUUAAACGAGUGAAAAAAAAGAGUAGGACAUGUAGAAUUUUCAACUGAUGCAUCACAAGAAAAGCAUUAGAGUCAAGUUUUGGCAAAAGGAAAAAGAAUUUCUACUAAUAUGGUACAUACAUAUUUAUCAUCUGUUAUUCACAACUUGAGCUGAGAGAGGAAAACACAUCUGCCUCUGGUGCUACACUUACUGAUUAGGCAGCUAGCAUUUUAAAGUGUGUUUUAGUACAGACAGGCAGCACUUACCAGUGAGUUUGAUAGGCUGUACUAAUAAAGUACUAGUGGUGAAAGACAAACUUGCCAGCUGAACACUCAAUACAACACACUUGCCUGUGUGGCUAAAACUAUGAUGUAUUUCCACAUGACUGUAAAAAUUCAGUUAAUCUAAACAUGGCCAAAGUUCAAUUCAGUCCUCGUCAAAAUGGUCAUCGCUUAUGGCUUUCUCUUACAUUUUCUGUAUUGUAAAUCAAGUAAAAGGUCAAAUAGAUGAGCUUUAAACAAACAAUAAUUCGGUGGUUAUGGUUUGUAAAUAAACUGCUCUCCUGAAAUUAUGUAGGAGAUCAAUUGUUCGGCGUCAAAUUAACAUUAAUUUUGAGUAAAAUAAAUUGAUGAUAUUCACAAUAUGAUAAGGCAAGCAGUUCUUUGCCCAUGCAGAAAUCAUUUUGCACGAGCACAUGCAAACCAUAGUGACUGAUAAUUAAAGCUUUAUGAAGGUGAUACAGGGUGCAACUUAACAAUACAAUCAGCUAGACAUAGGUGGUUGGCCAAGUGGUUUCCAGCCAGUUACACAAAUCGCUCCUGUGUAGAGAGUGGCUGGAAUAAAGUAUAAAAGUAGUAGAAUGAACCAGAAAUCGAGUGUCUUGCCAAUUACUGGGAUGAACCAGAAAUCGAGGGUCUUGCCAAUUACUGGGAUGAACCAGAAAUCGAGUGUCUUGCCAAUUACUGGGAUGAACCAGAAAUCGAGGGUCUUGCCAAUUACUGGGGUUUUGGGCCGGGCUAACUCUUGACCAAGCAGAAGAAUUUGCCAAAUUGAUAUUUAUACUUAAAAAAUUGCUAAAAAUCCAAUUAGCGCUGCUUUAGGCUUUAUUGGUGCUUAUAAAAUUUGGAAACUGUUUUUAAAAUUGGCGGUAAUCAAAUUUGGCAGUGUUCAGCUGUGAUAAUUGGCAACUAUAAAAAAACUACCUGUGUCUGCUGAUAGACGUUAUUGUUAUGUUCAGUGUAUGCUUUAAAAUACUGUAAUUAUAAAUACAAAGUGUGUGUACCACCUGACAAAUGUUACACAUAGUUGGCUUAUAACUAUUUUAUUAUACUACUUGAAUUUACACACAUGUAUUUGAGCUGUAAAGAUUUUUAACAUGUUCUACGAACAUAAGGUAGAGCUUUGGGGUUUUUUCCUUUUAUUUUUGAAAACUAGAAUCUUUGUCACACUACAACCCAGAUAGCAUGCGACCAGUGGUGGACCAUCAGUGGUUUUAAAAACUAGAAUCUUUGUCACACCAACCCAGAUAGCAUGCGACCAGUGGUGGACCAUCAGUGGUUUUAAAAACUAGAAUCUUUGUCACACCAACCCAGAUAGCAUGCGACCAGUGGUGGACCAUCAGUGGUUUUAAAAACUAGAAUCUUUGUCACACCAACCCAGAUAGCAUGCGACCAGUGGUGGACCAUCAGUGGUUUUAAAAACUAGAAUCUUUGUCACACCAACCCAGAUAGCAUGCGACCAGUGGUGGACCAUCAGUGGUUUUAAAAACUAGAAUCUUUGUCACACCAACCCAGAUAGCAUGCGACCAGUGGUGGACCAUCAGUGGUUUUAAAAAC